CGUUAAGUAAAGUUGUUGUGGAAAGGGGGUUGUAGUAUUGAGUACCAAAAUACUGAAUAUUUUAAGAAGUUCGAAAUUAGAUUGACAUAUACUGUAUGUACGCUGUGUAGGGGAUUUCACAUCUGUAGCAUUGUCUUCCAGGUGCUUUUUGUAUAUAUUUUUUCUUAAAAUUGAAUUGACAGUAUAAUGCCUACAAUAUAUAUCUGUAGCAAGAUGCAAGAUUUGAAAAUCUAGGUAACUACUGUAUGUAUUUUGCGUAUGGCUACAAAAACAGUACUGGGCUACAUACAAAGAUGGAGAAAAGCGGGUGUCCGUUGUUGUUCUUUUAAGUCUCAUAGGACGUACUGCCAAAAGGACGUCACGCUUCUAACUAAAUUCCUAUUCAUGACCACGUUGUCUGACUGUGAGCCCUCAAGAAAGAGACUGAGGCUGGAAGUUAACAUCACCUCCACUUCUACUAAACCGACCACGCUGCUCACAGCCAGACGGAUAUUGAACAAAGAGAUUACCCUAGGCCCUUCCUCGUCUGGCCAGCAAAUAAGAGAUAAGCAGAAAAUUGCCCAUGCUUACCCUGUUAGAAUAAAGGACGUGACAAUGGACACAGAAAAACUUGUGAGCUGUAAGGGACUAGAGAAGACUAUGAUGGCAUCCUGUACUGCAAGUGGGAAAGAAAGUGUACAGCUCAGACCUCAGCCCAAUGAAAACAUGUUAAGCUCAACUAAAAAUGAAACUCUGGGAGAGAAAGGCAAGGAGAAGAUGGACUCCUUCAAGACCACUACUUAUUUGGAAGGUGUUAAUUUACAGUCAGUGGGUAUCCAGGAAAUGUGUACUCCAACGAGUAGUUCUACCACUAGAAUGAAAGCUACCUGUCAAGAAAGUUCAGCUAGUUGUGAGCAAAAGUCUCAGAAGCCUGGCACACUCGAUGACUGGUUCAUCAAGCCAGGAUCAAAAGCGACAGCUCAGAGAGCCGAGCUCAGCGCCGCCCCCACUCCCGAAGAACAGCCGCAGAGCGGAGAAGACUGUGGUCGGCAGGAUGUGGAGAUGGUGAGUCCCGAGAGUCCAUCAGGCAAAGCCUUCCAACCUGAAGACGCUGAAGACGAGGGGCGGCCUUGCAGAGCGAGCGAAUCCUGGGGCACUGUAGCGGGCGAUGCUCGCGCUUCGGCUACGGGCAGACGAGCACCCGGCGCCAAGCCUUUGUCUCAUCCCGGUGCCGGGGCUCGCGAUGAAGAGCCGCUCCUGCCCAGUGACACCAGAGAUGCCGGGAGUUCGGAUGGCAUCGCUUUGGAGGUUAAGGAGGACAGGAAGAACAGCGCUCCAAUGGACACCGGUGAUCCCGACAAGCCCGAGUCGCCCGGCCCCUCUUCGGCCGUGCCCAAGGGCUCAGUGAAACGGGAUUCCAAAAUCACUGACUUUUUCCAAAAAACAAACCCGGAAACGUCACCUCCAAGUGUGCCAUCCCAAGGUGAUGUCAAAGAUGGGAGGCUCCGCAGGAUGCCACACCACAAGGGAACACCCCCUCCCGGCACGACCUGGCUCGGGACGCCCAUCGAGGAGCUGCGGAGGAUGCCCACAUGUGGCGCACAGCUACCACCCCUCAAAGCAUCGACAAGCCAUACAGUUAUGAUAAGAACAGACUUACUCAGAGAAGGAGAGGUUCCUGUCCCUUAUCCAUCAAAGUAUAAGGAUGCGUGGGAUGACACUUCAGUAAAGAUGCCCUAUUCAGAAAAGAACCUGUAUCCUGUGGAAAAUGAGGAUGGAAGCUCUGGGCUGCAGAGUAGAUGGAAGCUGAUAAUUUUAGCCUUGGAGGGCAGAUUUAGUAGCUCACUUGAUGUAAAGGAUGCCAUAUCGAGAUACAAUGUCACACACUCCAAAAGGUGGGACUUCACUGCUCUCAAUUUGCUGUGUACAGAGAACAUGAAUUGUGAUGAAGCUAAACAUCUCUUUUUCAAUGUUCUGCCUGGCAUGGGGCAAUUGGCUUUAAAACUGCCAAAGCUGUGUACCCAGCCGAUACCACUGCUUAAGCAGAAGAUGAAUCACUCCAUCACAAUGUCACAAGAACAAAUAGCCUGCCUCCUGGCCAAUGCCUUCUUCUGCACAUUCCCUCGUCGCAACUCCAAGAAAUCUGAGUAUUCAAAUUACCCAGAAAUCAAUUUCAACAGGUUGUUUGAGGGCUCUGCACGCAAGAAGAUUGAAAAGCUCAAGACUCUACUGUGCUAUUUCAGACGAGUCACAACAAAAACACCUGCUGGCCUAGUAACAUUCACGAGACAAAGUGUGACCAAUUUUCCAAAAUGGGAAAGUUCAAAAAAUCACCUUACCAGGCUUCACAUUGCUUGUAAAGGUACUAUUGAGAAUCAAGGCAUCGGAAUGCUUCAGGUGGACUUUGCAAACCGGUUUGUUGGAGGGGGUGUGACAGGGUCUGGUCUGGUACAAGAAGAAAUUCGAUUUAUGAUUAACCCAGAACUCAUUGUCUCUCGGCUUUUCACUGAAGCUCUCGAUCACAAUGAGUGCCUGAUCAUUACAGGUGCUGAGCAGUACAGUGAUUACAGUGGAUAUGCAGAGACAUACAGGUGGGCCGGAAGUCACACAGAUGAGAUACCAAGAGAUGAGUGGCAAAGGAGAUGUACAGAGAUCGUAGCUAUUGAUGCCUGGAAGUACAAACAAACUCUUGAGCAGUUCAGCCCAGAAAAAAUUAGAAGAGAUCUCAAUAAGGCCUAUUGUGGCUUUGUGCGCCCUGGGGUUAAGAGCCAGAACCUUUCUGCUGUAGCCACUGGAAACUGGGGCUGUGGAGCCUUUGGCGGGGACACUAGACUAAAAGCUCUGCUGCAGAUGAUGGCAGCUGCAGAGACGGGGAGAGAUGUGGCAUACUUCACUUUUGGGGACAAGGAGCUCAUGAGGGACGCCUACAACCUGCACGCCUUCCUGACGCAGAGAAACAUAAGUGUUGGGACUAUAUACGGACUUCUUGAACAGUACUACAACACUGUGUGUAAAAACUGUGAAACCCUACGACCUGACAUGAGUCUCUAUAAUUUCAUUUACAAAAGCAUAGACUCGUACUCCGAAUCCACGGACAGCGAGGAGGACACAGCUGGGCCUGCAGGCUCCACGGAAAGUAAUUAAUGUCAAGGUUUCUUCUGCAAGACCUCGAGUUCUCUUUCUCAAGAAUAUGCGAUUUGGGUAUUAAAAGGGAUUAUGAUCAAUUCUCUUAAAUUUAUUUUUUAAGUUGUUUUGAAAAUUUGAGCAAUAGCCAGAGAUCCAAUACUUUCUUUUUUAUUUUUUAGGUGUGCAAGUAGAAAUACUAUUCAGUGCUUUAACAGAAAAUAUUAAAAGUUUAAUGACACGAGUAAGUAGUCUUGCAGUUACUGUAGGUCAUCAUUUUUUAUUGUGUAGACAUUCUGUCAGGUAGUCUUUUCUUUAUGAAUUGCUGUUAAUACCCAGAUGUUGUAAUCCAAUCAUUUUUUUAAGUCUUGUGAAAUAAAGUUGUCAUUUUAAUGGAGAUAAAACAGUGCCUAAAUCUG